GGGGUCGACCUGGGCCUGAGAGAGGCGGGCCGAAGGCGACUGAGCUAAGGCCCGCGGCAAUCGUGGUCGCGGCCGCUGCGGCGGCGGCGCGAAAACGGCGGGCAUGGUGGGGCGGCCGAAAGAGCUCUCCAUCCACUUUCUUCCUGGAAGCUGCCGGCUAGUGGAGGAGGAAGUUAACAUCCCUAAUAGGCGGGUUCUAGUUACUGGUGCCACUGGGCUUCUGGGCAGAGCUGUAUUCAAGGAAUUUCAGCAGAAUAAUUGGCAUGCUGUUGGCUGUGGUUUUCGAAGAGCAAGACCAAAAUUUGAACAAGUUAAUCUAUUGGAUUCUAAUGCGGUUCAUCACAUCGUUCAUGAUUUUCAGCCCCAUGUCAUAGUACAUUGUGCAGCAGAGAGAAGACCAGAUGUUGUAGAAAAUCAGCCAGAUGCUGCUUCUCAACUUAAUGUGGAUGCUUCUGGGAAUUUAGCUAAGGAAGCAGCUGCAGUUGGAGCAUUUCUCAUCUACAUUAGCUCAGAUUAUGUAUUUGAUGGAACAAAUCCACCUUAUAGGGAGGAAGACAUACCAAGUCCUCUAAAUUUGUAUGGCAAAACAAAAUUGGAAGGAGAAAAAGCUGUCCUGGAGAACAAUUUAGGAGCUGCUGUUUUGAGGAUUCCUAUUUUGUACGGAGAAGUUGAGAAGCUUGAAGAAAGUGCUGUGACUGUUAUGUUUGAUAAAGUGCAGUUCAGCAACAAGUCAGCAAACAUGGACCACUGGCAGCAGAGGUUUCCCACACACGUCAAAGAUGUAGCUACUGUGUGUCGGCAGCUAGCAGAGAAGAGGAUGCUGGUGGGUUUUUGGGGAAAGGUUCCGAACUUCUAUCUUAAUGAAGAUCCACUGUGUCUUUUCUGUGCUUAAACUUUCAUAGCCGUACUUGGAAUGUUAGUGAAUGAAAGUGAAAUGUUGUUCAAAACUAGGAGAUCAAACAAAAGUAAUUUACAGGGAAUAGACUGUAUGUAUGAAGA